GUGUUUGUAACGUCAGCCAGCGGUAACUGUAACUUCUCAGUACGGAAGAGUAGCCAAUUCUAAAAAUAAAUAUCUUGUGUAGACAACUGCUUGUACAAAGGCAAGUUCUGUAUUAAUUCAGACACCUCUGGUUUCUCUGAGUCAUUUUGAAAGUGUGUAAUUUAGGAAAUUAUUGCAGAUACUUGCAGGACAAAGUUAGCCAACAAGCUAACAUUAAAAACACUUUGUAACACCGCGACCGUCCGAGAGGACAGCAGCACAAUUAAAUGUUAAUAAUGGAGGAUAACUCGUCUUGUUCUUCGGUGGCGACUGGUCUUCCUCAAGCGUCUUUCCUCCAGAGGACGUUGGAGCGGUUAUCAUCCACACAGUGCCUGAAACUCCGAGCUGAGGAGGCGGCUCCCGUCGCUGUCGUGGCUCUUCAGAGGUACCUGUCUGAGCAGACCGAGGGGCAGCAGCUGGACAGCUACAGCUACGACGUGACGGUUACCGACGGAGUCUGGAGAGCCAAAUGCUUCGUUCACCCUGCCUUAAAUCACCUGGUGCACAGAAACACCCUGCGGACCGGGACCGACAUCAGCAUCACGCAGUGCUCUUUUGUUUACAACGAGAGGAGACUGGGCCACGGUUACAUCUGCAUCGAGAAGCUCACAUGUGAUGCAGAGAGGUCCGCCGUCCUGCCCCGCGUUCACGAUGUCAGCUCACUGCCCAUGCUGGUCAAACACGGCAUGGAGAGGAGCCUGGUGCUGCACAGUGAUGUUCCCCUUCAGGUAAACCGCAAACACUACCUGUCUCUGUGGAACAACGACGACCCGGAGGGAGACAUCUGGACCUCAGGGUGCCCUCCAUCUGAGACAGUCCUGGACGUGUCCAAGGUUUCUCUUCUGUCUAGUCUGGACUCCUCCUUAAGAAACACAUGGAAACCGCUCCCUCUCCUGGUGAAAAUAAUACACAAAUCCAGAUUGAGGUAUUAUGGAAAGUUCGGGCUCAAGAUUGACUACCCCUACCAGGUAUACUUUGAGGUUGCUGACCAGAGCGGCACCAUGUCCCUUGUGCUGUGGAACGAACUUUGUCCUGAGUUUUACCAGAGACUGAAUGUCGGCACAGUGCUGUACCUCCAAAACUACACCCUGAAGCAGAGUUAUUCAAACCGAUCACGGCCGCAAAUGGACCAUCACAGAAUGAAGACCUUCACCUCUGUAGAAAUCUGCCUGAACCCUCGUAAUCCAGCUUCAGUCAUCACUGUGGUCUCACCAAAAAGUGUCUUGCCUCAGUGGGGCCUGCCUGAGGUUUCCUACCAGUUUACCACAAGGUCCGAGUUGGAGAAACUGGCCAAUAAUUCUGCGUGUGAUGUAAUCUGUUUGGUAACAUUUGUCGGCCGUGUUGAAAGAGUCAAGAGUAAAGGAAACAAGGGUCCAGAAAAAUACUGGACGUAUCGCUGGGUCCACGCAGUGGAUGGAACAUCUGAUCAACCCUUUAUUCUGGAGCUUUUUUCCUCUUCUCAAGCAGAAGUCUUCAGUCGUAUUUGUCCAAUGACCUACCUGGUUUGCACUCAGAUGAGGGUUUGUCAGGUGGAAGGCUCGUUGCCGUACCUUACAAGCAGCUGUGAGACCGAGACGUUUAUCACAGGAUACCACAAAGGUCAACCAUAUGUGAAUGACCCCCGAGUGAAGAGCUUCAUCCAGUGGACCAAGACUCUGAAGGACAACGUUGUCCUGCAGAAGACUGCUGUUGGUGGCCAUUACUGCUACCCUCGGCCUCCCCAGAUAUUUACACAGUCGAUGGCAGAUGCAUCAGCUCAAGUUCCGCUGGUUUCUGCGGCUGACCUGAAGCGGGAGCUGGAGACCCUGCAGUACAGAGAACAUAAGAAACUUGCAAUUCAAGGACAGAUCAUAGCCGUUCAGUACAUGAAAAACCCAAAGACCACUGAGUCACUAAGGACAGAAGAGGUUUCCACUGAUGCGUGUGAACAAGCUGUACCUGACCCACACAAUCAUCCCGUAACGGACAGUUUAACAUCGUCCUCUCCUGACAAAAGCUCAGCAAGCAGCAGGAAAAGAAGAAUUCAGAUGAGGAAAGCCGCACAAUCCUCCCUGGAUCAUGGUGGUGCUCCAACUAAAAGAAGGGUUCGACAUAAAAACACUGAGGAAGAAAAAGAGCAGGAGGAAGAUGAGAGCGACUCUGAAGAGGUUCAACAUGUGGACCAGGAUUUACAGAAUCAAAGUCAAGACUCUCAUGUGUUAUCUUGGGAAAGCAGCAGCUGGCCGAAGCAACAAGAAGACGUGUGUGAACAUCUGAGUCAAGGUGGUCUGUACCAGGACAGCGUUUCUCAAAGGUUCACGUUUGAUGAGAAGAACGUCCUCCUGCGGUGGAGUAACCUGCAGCCAACACGCUGGACACCAGAACAAACCGCUGACACCAUCCCUCCUGCACUUUGUCCAGGAUACUACCAAGUAACAAUAUUAGGCAUUAACAAGCAGAUGGCCGUUGAUGCUGCGUAUUUUCCGGUUGUGAGUUCCGAUGAUCCCCGUGCUGUUGGCCUUCCUCAGGAGGCACACGGCAACACGAUGCUGUCCUGCCUCUCCUCGGGUUUCAUCUGCCCUCUGAGAAACACAGCCAGUCACAGUGAAGCACCUCUUCCAGAACCAGGGGAGAUGUUGGUGACUGCCAGUGAGCUGGAGGACACUCAUGUUGUGUGCAUCUUGGACCUUUGUCAUCUGGGAGGAGAUGAGGUGGAAAUCCUGAUCAGCAAGGUGUACAGAGUGACCGAGGUUUCUCUUGACUAGAAGCUCUUAACCAAUCACAGUCCAUUAAAAACAGGAUGCACUGAUGAUGCUCACUCGAAACACAGACGGGGGAAAUGUUUGUGGUGAAACAUCUGCCUGUAGCGAGGCGAGCGCUGUCAUCAAAAUCAAUCAUAUUCCUGAAAAAAAAAAAAAAACAACUAGCAGGGCUGCAUCACUGUGAGAUCUGAAUUCAGAACUUGAACUUUUCAACAUGUAGGUUGGCGGAAAUUGUUUCCGAACGGAGAGCAAACGGAUCUCCACCGAAUUUUACAAAAGGUGUAUUGGAUUAAAAUCACAUACUCCUCCUUUAAUCAUAUAAUUUGUUUAUAAUUUUUUUUGUUGUUGUUGUUGUUUGUUUGAUAGAUGGAGCAAAGGAAAGCUAAUGCUCCUGUUUUAGAGUAAUCCUCAUUUGAGACUUGUAAAUCCUCUGAUCAGCUGUAUAUAUGUACAAUAAAUAUCACAUCAUUUGUAAAGAGUAUAUUUUUUAUGAUUAAAAUUCUGAACUACAUAAA